GCACGAGAAGAUUUAGGGAAACAACCCCGAAAACUUCGUAGUUUCUAAUAGUCAUAACGGUUUUUAGUUUCUAAUAGUCAUAACGGUUUUUGUUUAAACCAGUCAAAUAUGGUGGGCAUUAGCCGGCUAAGUCGGCUUCUGCUAAGGAACGAAGACUAACAUGAAUCGCAUUCAAAUUGUUUGAAAACGCGGAAAUAAUAUCAACCGGGGAACUCAAAUCCAAAUCAAUCUUUGCUUUUCUUAAAAAAAACAGAGCAGUUUGUGCAUUUUUAAAAAUCUUCCAAGAUCGUUACAUUAAUCUAACUGCAACAUACACAGAAAGUUCAUUGUGAGCGUCGACUCAGUCGAAUUUAACAGAGCCGACUCUUCAAAGUGAGCAGCAGGGUAGGGAUAGCGGGCACUUUUUUUUGUUUAACUGGGAAAUGGAGAGGAUGGAGGAUUAUUUAAAUCAAUUUGAAGUGAAAUCGAAAAAUUCUUCAGAAGAAGCGCUUGCGAGAUGGCGGAAACUUUGCAAUGUGGUGAAAAAUAAAAAGAGGAGAUUCAGAAAUACUGCCAAUUUGGUCAUGAGAGUCCAAGCCAAAGAUAUUCGAAAGAAGAAUAAGGAGAAACUUAGGGUGGCCCUUUUGGUUUCAAAGGCUGCAUUUCACUUUAUUGAUGCUGGUCAGUUGAGUCCUUAUACGUACAAUGUGCCGGAUGAUGUCAAAUCAGCUGGAUUUGGUAUUGAUGCCGAUGAGCUAGCUUCCAUUGUAGAUGGCCAUGAUAUAAAAAAGCUGAGAUUCCAUGCUAGAGUUGAAGGAAUUGCUGAUAAACUCACUACAUCAGCUACAAAUGGUAUAAUUGCAAAUGGAGAUAACUUGAAACUAAGGCAGAAAAUUUUUGGGUUCAACAAAUUUGAUGAAAAACCACCUCGGGGAUUUUGGAUUUUUGUGUGGGAAGCAUUUCAAGAUUUGACACUCAUGAUUCUUGCAGUUUGUGCAAUAGUGUCCUUAGGUGUUGGAAUCGUUACUGAGGGUUGGCCCAAGGGUGCCUACGAUGGUGUAGGCAUUGGUCUGAGCAUUUGUAUAGUUGUGUUUGUUACAGCGAUCAGUGAUUACAGACAAUCAUUGCAGUUCAGGGAUUUAGAUAAGGAAAAAAAAAAGAUCUUUGUACAGGUUACAAGAGAUGGCUAUAGACAAAAGGUCUCCAUAUAUGACCUCGUUGUUGGUGAUUUAGUGCACUUAUCAAUUGGGGAUCUAGUUCCAGCUGAUGGGCUUUUCAUUUCAGGAUAUUCUCUAUUAAUAAAUGAAUCAAGUUUGACUGGGGAGAGUGAGCCAGUAAGUGUGAAUAAAGAUAGUCCUUUUGUUUUGUCUGGAACAAAGGUCCAGGAUGGAUCUGCUAACAUUUUAAUCACUACUGUUGGCAUGAGAACAGGAUGGGGUAAAUUAAUGGCAACCUUGACUGAAGGAGGUGAAGACGAAACUCCAUUGCAAGUCAAACUUAAUGGUGUUGCAACAAUUAUUGGAAAGAUUGGAUUAGCAUUUGCAACAGUUACAUUCAUUGUAUUAACGUUAAGGCUGAUCAUAGAGAAGUCAAUCAAUCACCUAGCAUGGUCAGGAGCUGAUGCAGUUACUAUAGUGAACUUCUUUGCAAUUGCAGUGACAAUCAUUGUGGUUGCAGUUCCAGAGGGCUUGCCACUGGCUGUGACUUUGAGCCUUGCUUUUGCUAUGAAGAAGAUGAUGAAUGAAAGAGCACUUGUGCGCCAUCUUUCAGCAUGUGAGACAAUGGGCUCUGCAACAUGUAUUUGUAGUGAUAAGACGGGGACACUAACAACAAACCAUAUGGCUGUUGUUAAAGUUUGGAUAUGCGAAAUUGCCAGUAAGAUUGAAAAUGCUAGGGAAGCUGAGAAUUUAAGGUCCAAAAUCCCUGAAAUUGUGCUAAAAUUGCUUUUCCAGUCCAUAUUCCAGAACACAGGUGGUGAGGUAGUGGUGACCAAGGAGGGAAAACGUGAAAUAUUAGGUACACCCACAGAGUCUGCUUUGCUAGAGCUUGGACUGUCAUUGAGUGGAGAUUUUGUUGCAGAGCGCAGAGAAUCUAAAAUAGUAAAAGUUCAACCUUUCAAUUCCGCAAAGAAAAUAAUGACUGUUGUGGUAGAACUUCCUGAUGGAAAACAUCGAGCCUAUUGUAAAGGUGCCUCAGAAAUCGUAUUGAAAAUGUGUAAAAAUGUUGUAAAUGCGAAUGGUGAGAUUGAUGCAAUGGAUGAAGCAUUAUCUUGUCAUCUAAUGAAUGUUAUAGAUGGUUUUGCUUGUGAAGCUCUUCGAACUCUGUGCCUUGCUUUCAUUGAGUUGGAAAGCAGUUUUUCUCCAGAGAAGGAGAUUCCAACAAACGGUUACACUUUUGUUGCUAUUGUUGGCAUCAAGGAUCCAGUUCGUCCUGGUGUUAAGGAAGCUGUUCAAGUUUGUAAAAAUGCUGGUAUUCUUGUGCGAAUGGUUACUGGGGAUAAUAUUAAUACUGCAAAAGCAAUUGCAACAGAGUGUGGUAUUUUAACAGAGGACGGUAUUGCGAUUGAAGGUCCUGAUUUUCGUGUAAAGAGUAUAGAAGAGAUGAAAAAUCUUAUACCAAAAAUUCAGGUCAUGGCAAGAUCUUCUCCAAUGGACAAGCACACUCUUGUGAAACACUUGCGUACAGAUCUUGGAGAAGUAGUUGCUGUGACUGGUGAUGGAACCAAUGAUGCACCAGCUUUGCAUGAAGCUGACAUUGGGCUUGCAAUGGGGAUUGCAGGGACUGAGGUUGCAAAGGAGAGUGCAGACGUGGUGAUUUUAGAUGAUAAUUUUGCAACAAUUGUUAACGUUGCAAAAUGGGGCCGUUCAGUAUAUAUAAACAUUCAAAAAUUUGUUCAGUUCCAACUCACAGUUAAUGUGGUUGCUCUAAUUGUGAACUUUGUUUCAGCAUGCCUUACAGGCACUGCUCCUCUUACUGCAGUUCAGUUACUAUGGGUUAAUCUGAUCAUGGACACUCUCGGUGCUUUGGCAUUGGCAACUGAACCUCCAAAUGACGAGUUGAUGAAGAGAAUGCCAGUUGGAAGAACUGGAAGUUUUAUCACUAGAGAAAUGUGGAGGAACGUAAUCGGCCAAAGCAUCUAUCAACUUAUUGUAAUGGCAGUUCUGGAGAUUGAAGGAACACGACUUCUUGGAUUGCACGGUUCUGAUGCAGAAUCAGUUCUGAAUACGCUAAUUUUUAACUCAUUUGUCUUCUGUCAGGUGUUCAACGAAAUAAAUUCGAGAGAAAUAGAGAAGAUAAAUGUGUUGAAGGGCACAUUUAACAACUGGAUUUUCAUCGGAGUAAUAACAUCCACUGUUGUAUUCCAAAUAAUAAUGGUACAAUUUCUAUGUAAUUUUUCAAGCACAGUUCCCCUGGACGGAAAGUUAUGGUUAAUAAGUGUGCUGCUAGGGUUCUUGAGCAUGCCAAUUGCGGUUGUCAUAAAAUGCAUUCCAGUGAAACCGAAGCAACCAGCACAGUACAAUGAAUACAAACGACUUCCAAGUGGUCCGGACCAAUUAAACUAACUGAUCUAGGAUUUAGGUAAUAUGCGAACGAAAUUGUGAUUCGUUCGAGAGGUCAAAAAAUUCAAAAAUUUCAAGAUAAAUAUAAAACGGUAAUUUUUUUAUAACAAUUGCGAAUUCCAGGCCAUAUGGAUAGGUAUCUCUGAGCAAGAAAAUCUGGACCAGACUUGAUUUGAACCACAUUCUUUAGCUUCUGGUAACGCCCGUCGCCUUGGAUUUUUUGGAUUAUUAGAAUGCUAUGUCUUCACCAUUGUUUGUGUGUUUAAACUUACAUUCUUUAUUUUAGGGGAAAUUAAUUUUUUUGGUUA